AUGACUGUAAUAUUGGCCCAUCAGUUGUGCAAGCAGUUCCGGGACAUUUCAUUGCUGUGGUAUGUGUGCAACAGAGAGAAACUGUGUGACUCACUCCAGGCUGUCUUUGUUCAGAGCUACCUUGACCAUGGGACGCAGAUCUUCUUAAACAACAGCAUUGAGAAAUCGGGCUGGCUAUUUAUCCAAUUAUAUCAUUCUUUCGUGUCAUCUGUUUUUAGCCUGUUUAUGUCUAGAACAUCUAUCAAUGGGUUGCUAGGAAGAGGAUCAAUGUUUGUGUUUUCACCAGAUCAAUUUCAGAGACUGCUUAAAAUUAAUCCAGACUGGAAAACCCACAGACUUCUUGAUUUAGGUGCUGGUGAUGGAGAAGUCACCAAAAUCAUGAGCCCUCAUUUUGAAGAAAUUUAUGCCACGGAGCUAUCUGAAACUAUGAUAUGGCAGCUUCAGAAAAAGAAAUACAGAGUACUUGGCAUAAAUGAAUGGCAGAAUACAGGCUUCCAGUAUGAUGUCAUCAGCUGCUUGAAUUUGCUGGACCGCUGUGAUCAGCCCUUGACUUUGUUAAAAGAUAUUAGGAGUGUCUUGGAGCCAACUCAAGGCAGAGUCAUCCUUGCCCUGGUCCUGCCCUUUCAUCCCUAUGUGGAAAACGGUGGCAAGUGGGAGAAGCCCUCAGAGAUUUUGGAAAUCAAGGGACAGAAUUGGGAAGAACAAGUGAAUAGUCUGCCGGAAGUUUUCAGGAAAGCUGGCUUUGUUAUCGAAGCUUUCACCAGACUGCCGUACCUGUGCGAAGGCGACAUGUACAAUGACUACUAUGUUCUGGAUGAUGCCGUCUUUGUCCUCAAGCCAGUCUGAACAUGGCCUACCCAGUCUUCAGAGCCCGUCCCAGGAACGCCCCCUCCUGAAGAGGGUCUGUGUUCGCAUUAUGUGCUGGGGAGGGUUUGGGGACUGCCAUUCAAGUCUCAUGUAGGAAUUUAAAAAGCCAAAAUACUAAUUAUUUCUUUGUAGUGUGUAAAAGGAAUGUUUUUAAAAAAAACAAAAAACCCAACUCUUUGAGGAUUUUUAUUGCUCUUUACUCAGUAAUACAGGUCACACUUCAAUUAUGAUGGAAGGUAUUUUUUAUACUUCAAUUGCAGUAGGGACUCAUCCCCAGACAAAGCAAUAGUGAUGACUUCCCAUGGAACCAAUAAAUGGAUUGUUUUCAGUGAAAUGAAGACAGGCAAUAAAGCUGUCUAUUCAAUUCCAAAUACUGGUUUUGAGGUAUUGCCACUGAUAUUCUUCCAUGUUUAGAAGCUCUUACUCUGUCAUUAUUCAAGAAAAUGUUUUUAAUCCUGCUAAUAAACUUUUUUUGAGAUGA